AGAAAGAAGGGAGAGAGAAGGUGUUCUGUUUGAGAGUGUGAGGAAGGGCAAGAGGAGUGUUCGUCCAAACGUAAGGAGAGAGUGGACCCCUCUUCUCCGGCAUGGCGAACAUCACAUCUGCCCAAUGGCAGGCCAUGUUGGACACAGCAGAUGAGAACAAGAAACCGUUCUUCCAAAAGCUUUAUGAUGAUGCCGUGCAGAGGGAAACGGAGGCAGAGGCAGCAGCCAGAGCCGCCAACGUUGCUGAUCAGGUGGCCCUCCUUCGGAUCCCGGAAGCCAAUGCUGACCGGUUCCAGGAGGGACUAGCUGCUGCCGUAGCAGCCUUGGUUCGACUGCGGACCUUGGAAGACCUUGAGUCCCGUGUGACAGCGCUAGAGCAACAAAACCAAGAGUUGCAGGCGGAAAUACUCAGCCUCAAACAGUCCCAACUGUCUGCCCCCCGCCCUCCUUACCAUCGACCUGCUGCAGUCCCAGUCUCUCAAUCUAACACAGUCCUCAUGGCAAGAGCAGGUGGAACUGUGACGAGCGCAGGAACCGGUACCAGCUCCUCGAGUGGCAGCGCCGGCAGUUCUGCACUAGUCAUAGUCCCAAAUGCAGGGACAUCAGCCCAAAACGCCACAGUCCUUACUGGCGUUCAAUACAACGGUCCCGUAGUGGACAAGCGGGCGGCCACCUUGCCGUCCAAGUACGACGGGAAAACGGAUAUCACCUCUUGGAUUAGUUCCAUGCGUUCAUACUUCGAGGUCAUGCGGACACCACAAGAAGACCGAAGCAUGAUCAUGGGCACUAAUACUGAGCCCGCCGUACGGAAUCACAUUGAGCUCCAAGCUGUUGCUGCAGUUUAUGAAAGAAUUGACCUGACAGAGUGGUCGAAGACUUCAAGGAAACAGGCAAAGGGCGUAGAGGAGUCGUCAGCACUCCCUACAACAAGGGAAGCUGGAACGUCAGUUGCAGGCCCCUCCGAUGAGCCUGAAUCUGAUCAACAGCCUACUCUUGGAGCCAGGAACGACGUUGAAUCCAAGGCUGUUGCAGUUCAUGUGCUAUACUCGGAGCCUUGGGAGGAGUCUAAGGAAGUUGACUUCCACGCUCACAUGGAACAUUGGCUGCAGCUCAAGCAGCAACGCCGUGUUGAAGGGAGUGUGGAGCUAACCUUCUUUAAACUGCUCAUUAACCGCCGAUACAUCCGCGUGCUGAUUGAUAGUGGUUCAACCACUAAUUUAUUUUCUCCUAACGGGAUUCGUAAGGCGGGCCUGGGAAUGAAGCAAGUGGAACCGCAGAACCCUUGUCAGACCCAGCUGGGCAACCAAGAGGUUGUCACCUCUACACAUGCUGUCAAAGGUGUGCGCGUCACCUUUGACAAGGACCGCACUGUCACACAUGAGCUCAACUUUUAUGUCAUGGACAAGUAUCCGUUCGACGCGGUCAUUGGCUUGGGCUGGUUAAAGGCUCAUUGCCUAAGGACCACGUGGGCGGACAAUCAAUUCGUGGUGCUUGAUGCCAAGGGGAACGAGCGUACCGUCUUAUUGGACGAGACGCGCGAGUCCCCUGUGACUCUUCUAAGUGCAAACGAAUUCUGCAAAUCAGUGCGCAGGCGCAAGGAAGCUGAGCAUGUACAUAUAGCUCUUGUAAAGCCUCUCCAUGUGCCUUCCACUUUUGCUGCAUUUUCUACCUCGGUAAGUAACUCUACUUCUACCAGCUCUUUUUCUAUUCCAUCCACUUCUGCUGUGAAUAAUCCCUCUACUUCUGGGCCAAGUACUUCAAAUCCGGUUGUGAUUGUUGUAAAUUCUCGUUCCGAUUUUCUUUCUCCUGAUGAGGAUGAUCCUCCACCAAAAGUCCCAACAAACAUUCGUCGUUUAUUAGAUCGAUUCCCUGGAGUUCUGUCAGAACCUCAUGGAGUUCUCGAGCGUCCGGACAAACACAAAAUCGAAAUAAUAGAAGGGAGUGUUCCUCCAAAGGGUUGCGUCUACCGUAUGGGACAAGGCGAGUUGGAGGAGUUGAGGAGGCAGAUUGAUGAUAUGAUCGACCGUGGAUUGAUUAGGCCUAGUGAGUCUGAGUUCGGUGCACCUGUCCUGUUUGUGCCGAAGAAAGGAGGCGAACUCCGGAUGUGCAUUGACUAUCGUGGCCUAAACCGUAUCACCCGCAAGAACGCAUACCCCUUGCCUCGUAUAGAUGAUCUGCUGGAUGCUGCAGGUGGGUGCAAGGUUUUCUCUAAGAUCGACCUCGAGUCUGGCUACCACCAGAUUGAAGUUGAUCCGAGUGACCAGCACAAAACUGCAUGCAAAACACGCGAUGGGCUGUACGAAUUCAUCGUUAUGCUUUUCGGUCUUACGAAUGCACCGGCCACAUUUCAGUGCCUCAUGGACAAGGUACAUCGCCAUCAACUCAACAGGUUUGUGGUUGUGUACCUUGACGAUAUCUUGAUCUUCAGCAAGUCCAUGGAAGAGCACGUCAAGCACCUUGAGGAGGUCUUGCAAGUCCUCAAGGAGGCGCAUCUGCACCUCAACUUAGAGAAAUCUGAGUUUGGAAGGGACAGCGUCAUCUAUCUUGGGCACCGGUUGUCUGCAAACGGCCUUGAGCCUGAGGCAACCAAGGGUGAGGUCAUCCGAAAGUGGCCUCAACUGGCGAACGUGAGCGAACUGCGUUCUUUUCUUGGUUUGGCCUCAUAUUACCGGAAGUUUGUGCCCAAAUUUUAUGUCAUUGCUCACCCACUCUCGAGACUAACCAGUAAGAAUGUUGCCUAUGCGUGGUGUGAGAAGUGCGAGACUGCGUUCCAAGCCUUGAAAGAGGCAUUGGUGAGUCGUUUUGUGCUCAGCAUUGCGGAUCCCAACCUCACGUUCGUAGUCACUACGGACGCGAGCCAGUUUGGGAUUGGUGCAGUGCUGCAACAAGAUGAUGGUGAUGGCCUACAUCCGCUCGAGUAUUACAGCAAACGCAUGCCCAGCCACAAGGUAGCUACUUCCACAUAUAUGCGUGAGCUCUACGCCCUGCGCAAGGCACUCGCACAUUGUAAGCACUACCUCUUGGGUCGUCACUUCAAGGUCUACUCAGAUCAUAAGACCUUGCAGUGGAUUUAGACACAAACUGAUCUCUCUCCUACAUUGACCCGCUGGUUGCAUGACAUUGAUGUCUAUAGCUUUGGUUGCAUGACAUUGAUGUCCAUAGCUUUGAGUUGAAACACAAGAAAGGCUGUUAUAACCGGGUUGCUGAUGCAUUGUCCCGCCAUCCUGAAUUCUUGACUUGCCUUGUGGGUUCGUAUGACCUCCGAAGGAAACUGAAGGAGGAUCUGGUCGAACACACCGCCAAGGAUCCGGACCUUAGUCCCAUCCUUGAGCAGCUCAAGGCUGACCCUAAUAGUCAGCCUGAUUUUCAUGAAUGCGAGGGUCUUGUGUUCCGCCGGUAUGGGAAAUUUGAUCGU